CGAGCAAAAAAGGGGGGUGAAGGAAGGGCUUUCGAAAUGACACGAACGGCAAUGGCGCGGCCGUCGCAGACCAAGACGCAGAGCGCCAACAAGCACAAUCGCAACAAGAAGCAGUCCUCGUCAUCAUCAUCAUCAUCAACAUCUUCUUCAACGACAGUCAAGCAUGCUGGCGUCUCCAAGAGCGCGUGGACUGGCGCUGGCCGACGCUUGGGCGGCAGCAGCAGCAGCAGCUCGACCGUUGCCAAAACCUCAGCGCUCCCGUCGCCGUUCGCAGGCGUUGCUGCGGCAGGUGCAGGUGCUUCUGCUUCGAUUCGGGCAGCAACCGCAGCAGUCGCUGCUUCGCGCACCCGUCGCCAGACAAACAUGGCCAACGAAGAGCUUGCAUCCAGGCUCGAUGACACGCUGGAGCUGCUGCAAAGCUCGUUGACCAACGGAGCGGCGACUCGGACGCGCGUUCUUGCCCAAAUCGAGCACGACCAGCAACAACGCCAGGCCGCCGCCAUGGAUCAGGGCAUGUACAUGUCAGAUGAUGUGCCCUCUCACGAACCAGUUGCGCCAGUUAAUUCAGCCCCAGCGGUUCCGCGGACCCAACAGGAAAUUCAAGCCACACUUCGAGAGCUGGGCAGCACAGCGACAACAGCGCAAAAACGCAUUUGACACCACGCUGGAUGCAUUGGCGUCGUUGUGAACAAAGCAAGCAUCUCUGUUGCCCUCUGGAUCUGAUUGUUAACAUAUAAUAUACAAUACUCUACAUCUGCA